AUGAAUGAACUUAGCGAAGCUGAAAAGCGUAGAAUCUUAAGAGAAAGAAGACAGAAGAAAUUUAGCAAUGGUGGUGGUUCUUCUAGGUUAAAUAAAAUUACAGGUCAAAUUGAUAGCAAAUUAAGUACAGAAUCUCCAUUAGAUUCCCGUCCCAAUAAUCUAAGAAAAUCUGAAAAGAAAGAAUCUAUUUUAACAGCUCCUAAUCCUGCUAUUCCAUCCAUUAAUAACAACAAUAAAAAACACAUUGACACUAGCAAAGUCGACAACGUUGAAAUAAAUUUAUUUAAGCAACUUGCCGAUAUGCAAAAUAAUGGUUCUAACUCAGAUUUAUUUUCUUUGUUCAAAUCUUUGAAUAAUGAGACUGAUGAUAAUUCUUUAUCUAAAAAUCUUUUAAAGGCAACAAGAACUGAUGAAAAAACGACUCCUGUAGAUACAGCAUUAUUGAAGUAUCACAACUAUUUAGUCAAUACAUUAAAAGCUAAGACUAUUUUGAUUAAAUGGCUCUUUUUCAUUUUACCAUAUUUAUACUUAGUUACAAGAAAUGGCAGACCAUCCAUUGUGCUUCUACCAAAAAUGUUUAAUGUCUUAUUAGAUCCUUCUUACUUUUUUAUGAUUUUCACAAGUUUUGAAAUGGUUGCAACAUCUAUUUAUUAUCAAAAGUUGCAGGCUAUUGAAAAAAUUCACAAUAUCAAUACUUUAGACCACUCCAACAAGAUUGUUAAACUAGUAGCAAUGAUACCAGAAGGUGUAGUUCCAAUUCCCAAUUUAAAAGGAAAAAUCAUUUUACUUCUUCAAUAUUGGGAUGUGUUAUCUUUAUUUUUAACCGAUAUCUGUUUUGUAUUAAUAAUGAUGGGUAUUGUUGCAUACUAUUGA